UAAUAAUCGUUCAAACAAACAUAGAGCCGCAAAAAUAUUCAUAAAUGAAUAUGUUUAACAGACAUCCGUUUAAUACCCAAGGAGUUACAGAUACACCGAGCAGGAUAACAUAUAGUCCGAAAAAAAUUAACAUUGAAUAAUCAGCUAGAGAAUACACGCAAAAAUUCCUGGGAACUCUAAUAAAAAACUGUUAAUUUUCGAAAAUGAGGCGUCUGCCUUGGCUCCCAUCUCUUCUCCUCAUAUCGCAAAUCGUAGUAGCUAUCGCGCAUGGUUCUGUUGAAGAUUCAUCGGGGAGUUCAGCGUUAUCGCCCCGCACGGUAUCACCGGACGACGCGCGCCUCAUCGCGGCCAUCAGCACGUGGACGCAGCUGAGUUUCGUCACGUCCAUCACGACGGUGCCUCUGACGUGCAACAGAGCGGUUCAGGGUACCGUGGCGUGCAAGAAAAGACGCAGAUAUGGAGGCCGGAAAUUCAGCCUCAUGCCUCACCUCACUGACGGCAGCUCGGCGCCAGCCGUGGACGGUUCAAUGAACUUAGACGCGUCACCCGCCGCCCUAGACGACUUAGGAGCGAUCACGGAAGACAAAAAUGACGAAGAAAGAUCUGGGCGACUCGCCCUGACUGUGUGGCGAUCGUUCACCUCCACCUACACGAUGAUCAUGACCUCCACCAACAAUGCAGUGACUUUCUCCGUGUCUAUCGCGUGCACGAUUCAAGGGGCGAGCUUCCCUGCUCCAUGCGGGUGAUCUCCUUAACGAUGCACCUUUAUUUAUUCGGCUAUCUUUGCUGUUCAUUCCGAUCCGUAUGAAAUAUCUGUUAUUUGCUGCUAAUUUGAAUUAAUUCAUAUUAGUAUCAGUUAUUGAUUCCCGUUCCCGUGAUGUUCGCGAAUCAUGCAAAUAUGGAAAUUUCAGUAUCUAUCGGUUUUGCGGAUGUUUUACUAAAAAUUUAAAGGUAGUCACGAUUCAAAUGUUGAUUAAAAUCAAAUGUAAAAUUAUUUUCCUACAUUUACUUAUUAAUGCAUCGUUUAACGCAUUUAGAAUGUUUCAAUAUAGUAAUUAAUGUUAUUUAUUUAGCGAUAGUUUUUUGAUUGAGGGUCAAAAAUAAUAUAACAGUAUAACGGCU